AGUCCGUUGGUACCUAUUAAUGAAUCGAUGUUGGAAUUACGCUAAUAAUAUAAUAUUUACGCAAGCUUGUAUCAUGGUGGGUAAUUGUAUUGUCUUUCGGUUAAUUUGUUAUUGAUUUGUAAAGUAUACGAGAAACAUUAAACAAGUGAGGCAGCAUCCAUCCUUGGAGGUUAUUAUGAGUACAUUCAUGGCGAGAUGCGGUUAACUGUGAACGUUCACAUCGGUCAUUUGGAAUUUCAGUUCUAGGAAACAAGAAAAAAAGCUUCCUGGUAAGCGCGUAUUGCAGAUAAGCUAUAAGUGGAGUGACGAAAAAUUGAGAGCGCAAAGAAAUUCACAAGGCAGAGAGCGGAAGAUCCGGAAAUUUGAGUGAUCUUUUCUAUUUACGAGUGUUCAUAACGCCAUUCUAAUUAAAGAUGGUGAUCCUCGAGGGACAGCUCCUUACGUAUGAGAGCGAGAAUAAAAAGUGAGUGGCACCCUGGCAAACAACCUGAGACUUCAUCUAGGCGCACACAGAAGUUAGCCUACAGGCUAUAUGGAGCGGACCUUUUAAUUGCUUUCCCAUUCUCUCCCAUCAAGUCGGUCAAGGAAGGAUCAGAAGAUGACCGCACUUGCAGCCCACAUACACUUAUAAAAACAGAUGAUUAUCUCCUUUCCUCUGCGGUCGUGUUUUAAAUCGUGGAAUGAUAUGGGGCAGAACAGUGCCGAAGACUGAGUUAUCCGGCGAGGUUCAGUUGCUUUGCCAUUAAACAUCGACGGAUUUACUGGAGGAUAUUGGAAACGGAGACAAAACAGGGGUCUCGUGAAACUCAACGCAGCGUCAGAGAGGGAGAUCACUUUCCUCAGCCUGCGGUAGCGAUGAGCGGACUGUGCAAGCCUGUAGUUAUGGGGCUCAUGUUGCUGAUCUGCACUACUACCAACCACUGUGAGGAGAGCGCGCCCGCCGCUGCUCCCACGGUCGCGAAGAACGACAAGAGCCUACUCAGGUGGAUAGUGGACAUAGUGAAGCACGUGGAGGAGAGCCGCGGUGAGAACGGUACGAACGCAGCAUUGCAGUCGACUUCUAGGAGAGAAUCCCCGGUUGAGCCAAAAAGGGAUUUACGGAACCUCAAAACAGAUAGUGGUGAUCAAAUUAUUGAAAUAUUUCCUAGAGAUCUCAGAAAGAAAGAAAAGUUUUUAAAACACUUAACAGGUCCUCUGUAUUUCAGUCCCAAAUGCAGGAAGCACGUAUACAGACUAUAUCACAACACCAGAGACUGCACAAUACCUGCAUACUUCAAAAGAUGUGCGCGGCUUCUCACACGCUUAGCGGGGAGCCCACGAUGUACAGAAGGGUAGAAGAAAUCAAGUUGAAGCCAAACCAGAGCUGUCCAGAAGAGAGACCUGAAAAAAAGUGCCUUGGACAAUAACAGGGAAACCAAACAAACUCAAACCAGUCACGUCCGCCAUUAUACAGUGUCCGUCACCAGAGAGUUCACUAUUUUACAAAGGCAUGGAUUACCACCCACAGGCCUCCCUGGCCCCUACACAGUCUGUGGUCACUGCGGGUCUUGACAAGAGACUAUACAGAAGAUACAGAAGGUGAAGGAAAAAAAGACAAGGGAAAAAAAUGCCAGCAACUACAGAUUUAGGGGUUACUAUUGUCCUGCUGGCUGCCCAAAACUGAACUUCCUUCUUUCUUUCUUGUUUUUUACCAAAAGAAAAAAAGGGAUUUCUUUUGUUUGUUUUUAACC